AAUUACGGUUACUCGCUCCACUUUCAGAGUGUAACGCAAGAACCCAUGGCUUUCCUGACCACCUUGCUCCUAGCGCUAGCAAUUGCACUGCCUUGGAUUUUUUGCGCCACUGAAGAAUGGUUAUCCUUUCCAAGAAACGGCGACUCGACAUCGCAAUCGGAGGAUUCUAAGGUCAAUUUUAGAAAUUAUGAUUCUGACGUUGAUGAUGACUUCUACAUCAGAGACCAAGCCGCGGUGCAUUCGCCUAAGUUCUCAAAUGUAGGGAAUCCAUACCUAAACCAUCGGACCCGGGUGACUUUAGUGGACGUGAAAAGCGACCAGAAGUGGGCACAAGUUAUGAAGUCUCUACCCAACAAGCCUGCACUUGUCACGUUACCAGUUUUGUGCAGUGAAGAUGAAUUUACAGUUACCCUACCAGUUGGUCCAUUGAGUCAAGUGAAGGUCUUAAAUGACUAUUCAAAUACUCUGCUCCCAGUGGUUGAUGCUCCGGAGUCUUGUGGCUACCUUUUUAACCAAGGGCUAAAUCAGACCACAUUGAUUGUUAGCUUUUCGGGGUGUCACGUCAGCGUUCAGGACGGUCGUCACGUUUUGAGGGUAAUGUAUGUGAACCAGGAUGGGAAUAUGGACGUCGCAACCGUGUCUUGUAAGGUCAGACCAGAUUCUCCUCAACUGCCAGACAAGAAUUAUCGUUCUCGUGUCCCCGUUAUUGAAUCAACAGGAUGCAAUAUACCUCAUGACCUGCAGCUGCCAUGUGGCUUCAGAGACUGUCCUGCAUCUGUGUGUCAGAUGAUGGGUUGCUGUGUGAACAUAGCUACAUCAGCAUGCUACUACCCUAUGGAUGAAUGCACUGCGGACAGACAGUUUGUCUUUGCCAUCGUGAAUGAUGCUGCUUCCGUCCCUCUGGACUUGAAAACCCUUGUUGUUCCUGGGCAUCCUAACUGUGUCCCUGCUGUGGUCACUGAGCAGGCUGUGGUCUACAAGUUCUCAGUCAAUGACUGUGGCACUCGAUCGUUUAAAAUAGGCGAGACUGAAGUUUUCUUGGCUGAGGUGCAGACUAAACUUAGAGUCUACAAGUUGAAUUUUGGCACAAUCUCCAGGGAUAAUCCAUUAAGGUUCAUAGUGGAGUGUCGCUACCCAAAAUCGGGUUUCGUUUUAGCGAGUGUGGGAUUCAUGGUGAUGACUCCAAGUUUAGAUUUACCCACCACACAGCUUACUGCUGAAGGACGCUUCGGGGUGGAGCUGAGGAUUGCAGAAGACGAGACGUACUCCUCCUUCUACCCACACGACCACCAGCCGCUGACCCUCCUCCUGGGUAAACCUGUGUACCUGGAGCUUCGCCUCAAGGCUCCUGAACCCAGAGCUGUGAUCCUGGUCAACUACUGCCUGGCUUACCCCCGCUCUGCCGGGAGAGCCAUGGUGCUCAUUCAUGAAGGGUGUGCCAAUCCUUACGAUCCCACCAUCAACAUCCUUCAAUCGGUCAGUCUGUCUCAGAAUCGCCACACAAGGCGUUUCGUGAUCCAUGCCUUCCAGUUCAUGGACACGAAGACCAGGAGAUACCUGGAUGAGGAGAUCUACUUCAUGUGCUCCACUGAACUGUGUAUGCCAGACGAGGGUCUCUGUGAGGAGAGCUGUUUCGAUGGCCUGUCUGCUCCAUGAGUGUCUACCGGGAUGCAGUGGAUGGCUCAUGUA